AUGUCGACGACAGACUUAACCAACGAUCCUUCUGCAACUAUGUCUUACAAGAGUUUUUUCUCUUACAAAAACGAUAACAUAAAUAUUAUCUACGCUGACAAUAAUAUCCAAAUAAGGAUUGAAAGAGUUACUAGUGAUGUAGCGAGUGUGAAUACAACCAACAAUCAAAAUGAAUCAAUUCAUAAUAACAGUUUUUAUAUUACUUGGGUUCCUAACUAUAUUCUGUUUCAUAAUGGUGCCAAGAUUUUUAGACUAAAAAAUCAAAAACAACAAGCAAUCAAGGGAGCAAUAGAUCUUGAGACAGAUGUGAUCCAGCAAUAG